AUGGCGAGAAACGACAGCGCAGCGCCAAAAAGGCUACUCGGGGGCACGACUAUAAUUAUCCUCCUCGCCCUCCUCCUUCACGAUCCCACCGGGUUGAGGACCGGCACACGCGGCGCCGGACACUACUUCGUCGCAGAAGCGAUUCCCUACAUCGAAAAAUCGCAACUGCCGCCUCUCAAGGAGCUGUCCAAGGUGGUGCGCGAGUGCGACAAGGAGGGCUUCGUCGUCUCCAUCACUCCAGCGUCCAUCAGCUCCCAACAGGGCUUCGACACCAUUCCCGACGUCAUCACCCAACUCACACGUCUCACCUCCCUGGACCUGGGGUUAGUCCCCAUCAGAGGCACUUUGCCCGCCAGCAUGGGCAACAUGACCAACCUGCAAGAGCUGAAGAUCAACCAGAUGGAGUCGGGCAGCAUCCCAGCAUCCUUUGGCAACAUGGCCAGCCUGCAAUCACUCACCAUCAGUGUGAGUGACUACGACACCACAGGUGCAGCCCUCACAGGGCCCAUCCCCGAGUCAAUCUCCAACCUCAAGAACCUCACUUUGCUCGAUCUCAGAAACAACAACAUCGGUCCGCUCACUGACACCAUCGGCACCAUUCCCAACCUGGAGUACCUCAUGCUCUCAGGCAACAACUUCACAGGCAGCACCAUUCCCAGCACCAUCAACGCCCUUACAAACCUCAUCGUUCUGGACCUCGACUACACAGGGGUGGGAGGCUCUAUUCCAUCCGGCCUCGGCUCGCUGCCUCGCCUUAAUACCCUAAACUACGAUGCUACCGUGGCCUGUCCGGCCAGCAACACCUCGUGUGUGGUGGAGCAGAGAGAGGGUAGCGAGUUCUGCACUGCCUGUGCUGCCUUCUGCUCCUCCUGCACCCCUCCCGCCCCUGCCCCAGUGUCCGAUGCCCCACCAUCCAUUGCCGAACCAUCCAUUGCCGAACCAUCCGAGGCGUCCCCAUCCCAAGCAUCCCCAUCAGAAGCAUCCCCCUCCAUGCCUCCAAUCUCUCCUCCCAACCCCGCCCCUCCCUCCGAGUCUUCUCCUUCCCUUCCUCCUCCCCCCCCUCCUCCUGUUGUUGAGCCUCCUCCAUCCAACCCCGACGGCAGCAGCACCACCAACAUCAACACCGUUAACACCAACAACAACAACGCCAACGCCAGCGCCACUGCUGCUUCCUCCUCCAGCUCUGGUUUGACAACAGGAGCCAUCGUGGGCAUCGUGGUGGGCGUGAUGCUCUUCAUUGUUGGCACCAUUGCCGUUGUCUUCAUUGUCAUCCAGUGCGGCAACAGGUUCAAAGAGGUGCAGGUGGAGUACACGACUCAACCCGCGGGAGCAUAUGCAGGGGGCGGCCAGUACGAAAAGCCGCCUCAGGGUGCUUAUGCUGGUUACCAGCCUGGUGCUGCUGGUCAGGUGUAA